ACCUUAGGUUGAGUUCCCUAAGAGGACUAAUCGACAACCAACCUUAGGGAACUCAACCAACCAACCUUCCUACCAUAGAACUACUUGGCACGCGGGUUUUAAAAGCACAUGCGGGUCACUCGGCAUCUAAUUCGAACGCUCCAACCGAACUCCGCCCCAGUUGCACUGCCGCGAAAAUCCCUCAUUACCUCUCUGCUUCUGGUCCACAAAGAUCCUUCCCAUAAGUACCACUUACCUAAGAGCCGUCCACCAUGACGGCGCAACAGCAGCCGCCGUCGCAGCCUCCGCCAGUGGUGCACGUGGCAUUCGCCCGGGCCGCGUAUCGCCCGGGCGAAACGGUCAUCGCAACAAUCGACAUCGACAACUUCGCGCCGUCGCCGUCGCCGCUCUCCGCCGCUGCCGCCUCCGCCGGCGUCGCGCUGCCGUCCUGGGCGAUCCCGCAGCGCGCGCCGAGGCGCGAUGGCAUGAGCAGCAGCAGCAGCAGCAGCAGCAGCAUUAGCGCCAUGGGCGGGCGAGUGGGAUCCGCGCCGUCGCUUUCCAAAAACGCGUCGUUCGGCGGCGCUUCAGCUGCGGGGCGGGCGAGUGACGGCGACAUUGGCACUGUAGGGGGCGUGCUUAUAGAGAACCUCGUGGUGGACCUGAAGGGCGUGGAGCGGCUAGACCCGUCGUGGAUUGUGCUGCCGAAAUCGAGCAGCGGGGCGCAGAGCAAAGGCGAGCGCGUGAUUCUGGAGUCUCAGCUCACAUCUCUCGUCACCAACGUGGCCAUCCAACCCGGCACCAGCAAAACAUAUGCUAUAAGAGCGCAGUUACCCCGGGUGCUGCCCCCCUCAUACCGUGGCACAGCAGUGCGCUUCCACUAUCUGCUCACUGUCAUUGUCAAGUGGCGCCCCCUCCCCCCCUCCUCGCCCUCUCCCCUCGCCUCCUCCCUCUCCUCCUCCUCCUCCGCCCUCCUCGCCUCCCAUUCCUCCGCCUCCCCUUCCCCCUCCUCUGGUGUUCCCCGGAGGUCCCAGUCAGGGGGGCAGCUAGGGGGGGAGGAGGCGGGAGGGGGGAAGGGGAAGGAGGGGGGGAGCAAGGGGCAAGGGGGAAGCGCAAACACAACUCCUUUGAAGGGGCGAGGCGGAGGGGAGGACGGGAGAGGGGGACUUUCAGGGGGUCAAGGGAAGGGAAAGGGUGGCAAGGGUGGUCAAGGCGCCACAGCCGUUGUGGAGGUGCGCGUGCCUCUGCGCAUCUGGACGCUGCCCAGCCUGAGCGGGCUCACGGUGGAGGAGCUCGACUCCGACGACCACUACGGCGUGGGGGGCAUAGUGCCCACAGCGCCAGUGGAGGUGGACAUUCAGUGGAGAGAGAGGAAGUCCCGGGCGGCACUCAUGGCACCCCCGCCACCCCCAGAGCCACCAGCAGCAGAGGAGGAGGAGGAGGACGCACAAGCAGCAGCAGCCACUGCUGCUGCCAGUGCUGAAGGCACCGGAGCAGUGGGCGGGGCGGCAGGGAGGCACACCUCCAGCCCUGUGGCGGCCACGGCUACAGUCACAGAGGUUGGCGAGGGGGAGAUGGCAUCUGGGGCAGGUGGAUCUGUCCGAGCGGGCGGGGUACCAGCAGGGGCAGGGCCUAACGACGCCACUGCGGCUGCGGCUGCGACUGCGGCUGCGGCUGCGGCUGUGGGGUCUGGCGGCAUGGAGAGCCCGCACUUGACCCGUCUGUGGUCAGCGCCUCUACCCAUCGAUGAAGUCAACCCCAGCGGGCAGCAGAUAGGCGAGAUCGGGCGGUCCAAGUCCAUGACGGCCGGCAAGCAGUUCGCAGAGAACGGCGCGGGCAGCUCCGACUCCCUCUCCUACUCUUCCUCUGCUGCUGCUGCUGCGGCUGAUGGUCGGGCGGCAGGGGCAGGUGGAGGAGCAGCAGCAGGGGCAGGGGGCGGGGCGUGGGCGCGGUCGUCCUCUCUGCUGGACCUGGAGCCGGACAGCCCCACGCUGUCGGAGCUGGGCGGGCAGGCGGGCGGCGGGCUGCUGUUCGGCGCGUAUGGGGGUGCGGGGAACGGGUACGAGGGGGAGAGGGGGGGCGGGGAGGGGGGCAGGGGCGGGGCGCUGUCGAUGCUGAACCGGCAGGACGAGGAUGACGGGCCCUUCAUCCCGCGCUCGCCUGGGCCAGGAGUGCGCGGCCGCACGUACAACAUCCGAAUAGACGACCAAGUGCUCGUCAGAUUCACCCCCAGGAACCCUCAGCCCGUUUACUACCUGGGAGACGUGGUGUCCGGCACUCUCUCCUUCCCGAUCGAGGACGGCCCUAGAAGAUGCCUCGAGGUGUCGGUGCUGCUGGAGAUGCACGAGGUCAUCAACCCCCGUGCCCUCCACACAUCCAGGAGAGUAGCAGCUGCCGCCUCCGCAGCCAAAACCCCGCUGCACCUGCCAGUGCUGCAGAUGGAGCACCACGAAGUGACGGUGGAUCUGCUCCACACGCACUUCAUCUUCACCAUCCCCUCCGACGCCGCCGCCUCCUUCGCCACACCCAUCAUCUCGCUGCAGUGGAUCCUGCGCUUUGAGUUCUGUGCAUCCACCAGACGACCCCUGCCAGCAGCAGGCAGCGCAGCAGGUGGUGCGGGCAAGGCCCGGCAGCAGCAGCAGCAGCAGCAGAUGCAUGAGCGGCCGCACCCGCUGGCCAUGGGGGCGGAGACGGAGCGGGGCGAGUGGUCCAUGCCCAUCACGGUGCACGCGCCCCUGCCCAAGAUCACACCCAUCAGCAAUCGGGACAAAGCAGUCCUGCCGCCCGUGCUGCAGCAACCAGCCAUGGGAGCCGCUGCUGCUGCUGCUGCUGCCAGUGGCCCGACCAUACCGGCAGCACCCCUGCCCCCUCCUGCCGUGCCGUGAGUCGUGACUCCGCCACAUGUGGAGGGCCUCAAGCCCACCAUACCCCAUGAUUCCCAUCCAUCUCCCCCUUGGCUAUGAAUGAAGGUAGACGGGCAGCAUGUAUUGCAGUGCGAUGGUUUGAUUUGAUAAGACUACUUGUUCUGUCGGUUGGGCUCUUGGAUUGGAGCGUUUUGUUGGAAUGGAAUGGAAGUGCGAGAUUCAAGCC